UUGAGUGACGUAAUCUCCCCGCGCCAAAUUCUAACCAAAACAAACGCAGAAACCGUUCGGCUGCCAAUGAUUCAACGAAGAAGUUAUGAAAACGUCCGUACGUGAUGUUGCAACCAGACUUGGUCCAGUUUAUAGCGAUGGGAGGAAGUCAAACUCAUAACGGCGACGAAGAAGAGGGUUUUAGAGGAGCGGCGGAGCAGCAGGUGGAGGGAAACCCAUUCACUUUUAGUCCGCAGCUCCUCCGUCUGCACAGAGACCAUCAGCUGUUUGAGGAUGGAGAUGUUUUCAGACACAUGUAUCUGCAGGACCUGUUCAUCUCGGAGGCAGAAGAACAGCCAGUGCCCAGUGUUUCAGAGUUUGGCUGUCACAUCUCCGGCUGCAGAGCCGUCUUCAGCACACUGCAUGAGUACGAGCACCACUACAACUCCCUGCACCGACACGUGUGCUGCUCCUGCCGCCGCUCCCUGCCGAGCGCCCGGCUCCUGGACAUUCACAUUCAGGAGUGGCACGACGCACUUUUCACCAUCCUCGCCCAAAAACAGGACAUGUAUCUGUGCCUUGUGGAAGGCUGUGGACAGAAGUUUAGGACAAGUCAGCAAAGGAAGGACCACCUGAUAAGACUUCACAAGUAUCCACCGGACUUCAGAUUUGACAAAAGCAGAAAAGAAAAAGGAACCAGAGAAGCAAGCGGAGAGCAGAGGACGGACUCGGCCGUGGUGGCAGCAGACGAUGUUUGUAGGUCGGAGGGUGUGUGUGAGGUUAUGUGCGGCGUUGAGUCCAACCAGCUGGAGCAGGAGGAGUCCAUGGAGACGCAUGCGAGCAUUGAGGAAGCUGCUCAGUCUGAGGACUUUUCUGCUUCAGCUCAGACCCCAGAAACAAACACAGAGCGACUGAAACCAAAAUACUCCUACAGGGUGCCUAAAACUGUGUGUUUUGGUCACGGCUCGGUCCGAGGCUUUAGAGGCCAGAGGGGCAGAAGGAAAUGAAACACAGCACCUGACCACUCUGCUUUCUGUGUUUUAAAAUUAAAAUGUGAUGCACUUUGUUGUCAGUAAUUCAAUUCAAUUAAAGCUCUUUUUUGCAUCCUCA